CCCCUUUCGCCCACGCGCGCCGCUGUUUCCGAACCGAACCGCGCUCCCCUCGCUUCCUUCCCCCAAACCCCCGUCUCGUCCCCUCCUCCCCCCUACGCCGGCGGCAGCGACCGAAGCGCUCUCCGCCGUGAUGGAGCAAACGGACCUCGAGCCUCGGAAGCUCUUCGUCGGGGGGCUCCCGCGGUGGGGGGUCACCCCGGAGCGCAUGAGGUCCCACUUCGCCCGGUACGGGCACGUGGUGGACGCGCUGGUGAUGCUGUGUCCGGACGGCAUGGGCCGCGGCUUCGGCUUCGUCGAGUUCCAGGACGAGGUGGCGGCGCUCAGGGCGCUGGACGUGAGGGAGAGGGACAAGCACGAUGCCUUCUUUGGCCGCAGGGUUGAUGUGAAGAAAGCAGAGAAAAAACAAGGAAUUAGAUAUGUGCCGACUCAAAGCACUACCUACAAUCACCAGAAUGCUGAUUCAAAGAAGAUCUUUGUGGGUGGGUUAGGAGACAAGAUUACCAAAGAUGACCUCUCAAGUUACUUUGAGAAGUUUGGGACAAUAACUGAUGCGGUCGUGUUUUAUGAUAAACUAACAAGAAAGGCGAGGGGCUUCGGAUUUGUGACAUUUGAUUCCCAGGAAGCUGCGGACAAGGUUUUGGAGAAGAGUUUUCAUGAGUUGAAGGGAAUAAAGGUGGAAACCAAGAAUGCCGAACCAAGAGGUUCAAUGGUCAGGGGGGCUUGGAGUCAUAGGAGCCCUGCUAACAGCUAUGACGGAAUGUACUCACCAUACAACAUACCAUUUGUCACUGGCCCUUAUUUUGUUCCAUAUCCAUAUUACUCACCAUCUGGAAUCAUAAAUUAUGGGUACAUGAUGAACCAAAUAGGCACCUCAAAUGAUACUGGCAUGAUGGCAAUGCUGCCCUUUCCUGCAAGGUCUGCACAUCAUGGAAGGUCAUAUGGAUCUGAGGUGGCCACUCUGAAACUGGAAACUGGUCAGCAAAGAAUUGACAUCUCUACUUCCACUAGCAUGAAAUCAGAUCCCUUGAAGCCAGAUUCCAACUUACUUUAAGGAGGCUAAUGUUACAAGGUGACGCCUUCAGCGCAACAAUCUGGGAACUCUGGAAGACUUGAGCUCUGGCGUCUCACCAUGAUCCCUUUACUCACCCAUGUUCUUUGUUCGCACCCUGUACAUGGAGUCCAAACAAGUGGAGGAAACCAACCUCUGUAACUAUCGCCUAUUCCCUAUGCUCGAAUUAUGUUCCCGUUGCCAUCACAGUUUUUUUGCUUCCACCAUGGAGUCUCAAUGGUGUUGGAUUAAUACAUUCAUGUUUGCCUAUUCGUUUGGUACUGAAAAACAUCACUGAUCCGAGGAAGGUUUUUUA